AUGAAUAAUCAAACCAUUUCUUACUUUUUGCUGCUGGAAUUCUCAAAAAGUCGACAUAUACAGCUUUUACAUUUUUUCUUAUUCUUCCUGCUAUAUCUGGCAACUGUAGCAACAAAUCUUCUCAUCAUCUGUGCUGUAGCUUAUGAUCAUCAACUGCACAGUCCAAUGUACUUCUUUCUCAUGAAUUUGGCUCUGCAGGACUUGGGCAUUGUUUCAGUGAUUCUCCCUAAAUCCAUGAUAAAUUCUCUCAUGGACACCACACACAUCUCUUACUUUGGUUGCUUUGCACAAGUUUUGAUCUUUGCCUCCUUUGAAGCUUCUGAUUUUUCCCUCCUGACAGUCAUGGCAUAUGAUCGGUAUGUUGCUAUUUGCCAUCCACUGCACUAUGAGAUGGUGAUGAAUUGGAAAGCCUGCACUGCAAUAACUAUUGUAGUGUGGUUUGCAGGUCUUCUGUAUGGAAUAUUGCAUGCCAGUAGCACUUUUUCCAUCCUUUUUUGUUCUAAUAUUGUCAACCAAUUUUUCUGUGAAAUUCCACAGUUACUUAAAUUAUCCUGCUCUUUCAAUCUACUUGAGGUUGGAAUUCUUGUGGCCAGUAUCAUUGCUGGACUAGGUUGUUUUACUUACAUUUUUGUGUCUUAUGCUAUGAUCUUCAAGGCAGUUUUAAAAAUCCCUUCUGAAAAAGGAAGACAAAAAGCUUUAUCCACUUGUCUCCCCCACCUUAUUGUAGUAUCUAUGUUAUUAUUAACUGGAAGCUUUGGCUAUCUGAGAUCUCCCUCUAAUACCCCAUCUUACUUGGAUUUUGGGUUGACUGUUCUGUAUUCUCUUCUUCCACCUCUGUUCAAUCCAAUCAUUUAUAGCAUGAGAAAUAGGAAUAUUAAAUAUGUUCUAUCUAAACUGUGGAGAUUCUGA